AUGCAAUUAGCGUUUCUGGACUUUGAAGCCGCGUUCGACUCUCCCCACCGGGGCUGUCUUCUCAACGCGCUCCGCGCCGAUGGAGUACUAGGAAAGUUCGUUCGCUUGUUUGAUGACAUGAAUCAAGGAACAACUGCUGCAGUUGGAACACCAGCCGGAUGUACAACACCGUUUGAGGUGAUAACUGGAGUAAGACAGGGCAGUGGCAGGAUCCUUCAUGUACAAUUUCACCAUCAACGACAUUAUGCGAAGAACAGUAGAUCAGUGUCCUGCCGACAUAAUUCUAACACCAUUCCCUUGACCACUCUCGAGUACGCUGACAAUGCUGUUAUAUUCGCGGAAAGCAGCACGAAACUUCAACAUGUUGUCAACCUUGUAUCAAAGCUGGCAGCAGCCUAUGGGCUACGUCUACGCCCUGAUAAAUGA